AUGGCCGGCGAGGGGAGGGGGGGAGGAGGCGACGCGGGGGAGGGACGACGGGGAGUGUUCCGCGCGAUCGAGGAGUCCAUGCCUGUUUUCGCCAAGGAGCUCGUGGCGGGCGGGGUCGCAGGCGGGAUCGCCAAGACCGCCGUUGCGCCGCUCGAGCGAGUGAAGAUCCUGUUCCAGGUAAAACUCUUACUGCAAUUUUUCCCUCUGUUUUCUUUUGUUGUGCAGUCGGAUUCUCGGAGCAGAUGAGGGAUUUUUGUUCUCCCUCUCUCCUGGCUAGCUUUCCUGCAGAUUAUUCAUGUCGGCCAUGUUCGGGUGGCACGAUCGAGAGAGAGAGAGAGAGGCUUCGGGUAGAGACCUACCUGCAUCGUAGGCGUAGUAUGUCCUCUCCAGAAUUCCACAAUAGUGCUUCUCAUUACAAGCUGAUAGGAUUAUGAAACAACUGGCCAGACCAAAAAUCUUUGGGAAAGGAGAAUUUUAACGAAUGUGCAAAAAUGGAUGGAGAACCUCUUUCAAUGCUCUCUGGUAUCUCUCGGGACUGAAACAAGUUCGAUUUGGAAUCCAUGAUAAAUGAGCGAUUCAGACUGAAACAACGAAUUCCAUUAGUUUUCUUGAGUUAUUUAGCGGGUCUUUGAUACAACCAGCUGACAUCUAAUAAACACCAUAGAAAAUAUACUUGUUUAUAUAAUAAUCGAUCACUCAGGGGCAUGGCCUGCUCGCCAUACUUAUACCUAAAUAUACCAGUGCUUCUCUUUCAGACCAGGAGAGCUGAUUUUCAGAGCGUAGGAUUGCUGGGCUCUUUCCAGAAGAUAAUGCAGAGGGAAGGGAUUCAGGGUUUCUACAGGUCUGCUCUUCUUCUGAUGUUGCAUCAGUCUUUCUAGCAUGGAAUCUCUCUGAUAUUCUCCUGUGGCUUCACUCCAGGGGAAAUGGUGCCAGUGUUGCUCGGAUAGUUCCAUAUGCUGCUUUGCAUUACAUGGCUUAUGAGCAAUAUCGUCGACUGAUCAUCCUCAGUUUCCCCACUCCUAUACGAGGACCUGUGCUUGAUCUUCUUUCAGGAUCGGUUGCAGGAGGAACAGCGGUUAUCUUGACUUAUCCACUUGAUCUAGUCCGCACUAAACUAGCAUAUCAGGUAAAAGAAGACUUAGUCAAAAGGUAAUUUCUUCCCCUCCCAAUUUGGAGGUUUGAAUUAUUGUGUGGACCUGCAGGUUGUAAGUCCAACCCAGCUGAAUAUGAGAAUGCUGUCUCCAACGGAGCAGGUUUACAAAGGAAUCGUUGACUGCAUUCUAAAGAUCUACAGGUCAUGUGGCAUAAGAGGCCUUUACCGCGGUGUUGGUAUGUAUCAAGAACAAGAGUUGCUUCUGUUUUUGCGAGAUAACCAUUGGAAGCUUUAUAAUUCUAGAUAGCCGCCUUGUUGACCAAACUAAUACUAGAUGUCUCUGUAAGAAACAGUUAGAUACAUAUAUGAAAUCCAUAACCAUGAGAUAAGUGAGACUAAAACCUCCCAGAGAAUUAUCCACUGCAUUCAGUCUGCAUCGCUUAAUGGACACCCAGAUCUUCUAUAAAGCUAGGCAACCCUAGAGACUCCUGGAGAUCAGAUCACAUUGGUCUUCAAAAAAGAAGAAUUCUUCUUCGAUGCUACAGAGAGAAGGUAGUCGAAAUAAUUGCCAUUGAUGGUGCUCGCUCCCAUAAUCCGAACCCUCACUGUCUUCACCACAUGUUCAGCCUCCUGGCUAGCAAUAUCGUGACUAUUCAUCAAUCCCUCUCCAUAAAAUGGUGGAUAAGACCCCGUAGAUCUUCCAGCAGAUGCCGUCACAACUCUUCCUGUUCUUGCCUGGUUCUUGAAUGAUGCUGGGGUAAAAUCUCUUAUUUUUCACUAUAGAACCUGGCCGUUUUAUUCUAAGAUAUCGGCUCAAUGAUCAUAUACCAAAUUCAGAUUCACUAGAUGUUCCGUUCAAAUGAAUCAAGCUUUUGAAUGAGCAUUAAUUUAUUGGAAUUGUCAAGCUUUUCUGUUUAUAUUAUCUGGGGAACUCUACUUCUCCUGAUCUUGCGGGUGCGUCUACCAAAUCUAUACAUGCAGCAAACUUGUUCCGUGGUCAAAACAUAGUGGUAUGAAAAGAUGUCCUGUUCUUCCCCGGUUCAUUCACCAGCAACUCCAUCCUUUAGAAGAAUUUUUCCCCACAUUAAAUCUAUAAUUGAAAAGAUUUUAUGGCCGUGCUACUCGGACUCGGAUCUGAUGUCUCUGUAGAGAACAGCAAGUUCUCUCUUUAGAAGCUUACACUCGCUCUGUCUCUCUCUAGACUAGUUCACAUCUUCUUGUGCUCAGCAUCAUACUUGUCAUGAGAAAAAUGACUCUCUGUAUAUAUAGUCUGUCCAAGCUUAGCCUGGUGUUCGUCAGAACCAUAGAUAUAUAUAUGUAUAUAGUAUUUAUGGAUUAUUGGUUUCUGGUCAGGCCCGUCGCUGUACGGAAUCUUCCCAUACUCUGGUCUGAAGUUCUACUUCUACGAGGAGAUGAAGACCCACGUCCCAGAGGAGCACAAGGAAGACAUCGCCGUCAAGCUCGCCUGCGGAUCCAUCGCCGGCCUGCUCGGCCAGACGUUGACCUACCCUCUUGACGUCGUCAGGCGGCAGAUGCAGGUACCGUCUCCCUUUCCCAUCACCGCCUCUAGAAAGUCGAAGUGCGAAAGAGAUUUUUCCGUCUUCCUCAGGUGCAGGCAUUCUCCGAGUCAACCCAGCGAGUCGGGAAGGGCACAUUCGGAAGCCUCGUUCUGAUCUUCAGAAGGCAAGGCUGGCGGCAGCUCUUCUCCGGUCUCAGCAUCAACUAUCUCAAGGUCAACCAUCCUCCUCCUCGCCUCGCCCACAAAGAUCGCCAGAAAAAAAGGGAAUAUGGAAAAAUGGGCCCUUUUAGUUUAUCCGCAGAAUAUUCAUCUCUCUGCGACGAUUCCUCUGCAGGUGGUUCCGUCGGUGGCGAUCGGAUUCACCGUCUACGAUCAGAUGAAGUCGCUGCUGAGGGUUCCGUCGAGAGACGACGGCCCGCCCGUCGAGGCGGUCAAGGAGGAGAUGACCCGCCACGCGACGUCUCUGCGUUCUCCGUGA